AAAUAUAACCAGUCUGCAUCUGAUAAUAGUAUUUAUUUGUGCGCAAAAGAGACGGACUGAUCACUGUGUUUCUUUAACUUGCUGAGUGCAUUAAACAAUUUUGCCUAGACAUUUAUCUGUAAUAUUAUUAUAGCUGUAUAUAACUAAGCUGCAAGUAGUUAAAAGAACACUAACAACAGAAGAAAUGGAACGUAUGAGUAUCGUGAUCAUGUUUUUUGGAUUUACCCUUGUCCCUUGUUGGUGUGAUGGAGCUGUAGAUGAUGACGAACUGGUUGCUGUUAUUGAUGCACUUGCUGCUGAAACACGCUCUGCUGUUGAUGAACGUGCUUAUGAAACUGAAGAUUCAUGUAUCGUCAAAAAUGUUGCUCUCAAUAAACCAGCAUACAUAUCCUCCAAGCACAGCGAAGGCACUGUCGCCAGUUUAGCUGUUGACGGGAACUUGGAACAAAAGCUUUUUGGCCACGGAAAAAAAGCGAACUGUUUUCACACUCACGACACUCCUAGUCCUAACAACUGGUGGUCUGUUGAUCUUCAGCAAGUGUACAAUAUAGAAAGAAUGACAUUCUACAAUAGGAUUGAUUGUUGCAGCGAAAGAGCAAUAUUUGCAAUACAGGUAGGUUACUCUACUGACAGUAUGACCAAGGUUGGCUUUGUGAAGGAAAUGGGUUCGACUAAAACUGUAACUAUGCCUCCGAACACUAAUGGGAGAUACGUAAAACUCGUGCAACCUGGAACAUCAUGGUUUCACCUGUGCGAAGUCGAAGUAUACGCUACACCAGUAUGUUGUAGUAAACCAUGUCGUGGUCGCUCUUGUAGCGCAGACAGCUCUGAUGCACGUGGGUAUAAGUGUUUGAAAUGUGCCAGGUCCAGUGAUUACAUGACCACCGGUGCUAAUUGUGAAGAAACAUGGGUGAAACUGCCGUCUAGAAGAUCAUAUGACCUUGUCCCUCGGCAAUAAAGCUGAAGGUCAGUAUCGGAUCGAUAAAUCGUUAUCUUUUUUGGACAACAUUUGGAUAACAAAAUACUUUGGUUCAAUAUUGUGUUCAAGGACAACUUUUAGAAGACCAGAUUAGUUAUUUUGCAGCUUUAAACUUUGGAAACAACAUUCAUCUUGAAUUUCAGCUUUACGAACGAAAGUGAAUGAAAAGAUUCGUUCUGUUUCAGCUUUAUGACAGCCUUUAGAAGAACUGAUAUUUUAAAUAUGUUCCAUUCUUAACUUGAUCCUUUCAACAAAACAAUGUCUGUUCAUUACUUAUGAUUAAGAAAUAAUAUAUCCCAAACAGUGAUUUGUCAUUGAAUAAAAUCAUUUUUGCAGUUUAAAUGCGAAGGAAUUAUAUCACGAGAUUGCAACCCGAUUGAUAUAAUAAUACGCAUCUAAACGAUAAAUAAUGAUUUUAAUUUAAGAGCAAAUCACUGUUUGAGAUAUAAUAUUUCGAUUCUAGAACCCUAUCAAGGAUUAUUAUGUACAUCCUUGACGACAUCUUUCAAAUAUUUGUCUAUUUUCUGUUUAUUUCUUUUCCAGCGCGCCGCUAUGGCGUAAUAAAUGUGACGUCAGAAAAAAUGAAUAAUUGUUUAAUAACACUUAAUAAGCCUUCUUUGUUUAAUAGGAAAACAAAUUGGGUCGUGUUAGAUCGUAUCUUUCAACAGAAUAUGUGUUUACAUGUCAUGAAUUCCAUAUACGCAUUUUAUUGGUUUAUUGAAAUAUAACGACAGAUAAUAUGUAAUAGUUAUAGUAUGUGUGAGAGUGUGUUACCAGGAUAUAUCAGAGCUAGGGGUACAUCGAGGGUAUUUUUCUCUGCACAUAUCGUCGAGGCCGGUAGGCCGAGACAGAUAUGUGAAGAGAAAAAUAACGAGAUGUACCCCUAGCUCUGAUAUAUCCUGGUAACACACGAGCAUACAUAUUAUAACUGUUUUAUCGCAUAGUUUAUCAUUAAAAUUUAUAUAUUAUUUUCAUUUAAAUUUGUUUAUUAUUAUUUUUACUAUUUUGAUUCCCUUUCUGCGCCUCGCUGACUGAAACACUAAAACUUCUGUUUUAGAAAAUGUGUUCCCCAGAUAAAAGUACCCAACAAAUUUCUGCAUUGGUUUUAAAUAUUUGCAUUUCAUUGGCCAGACAUAUUGUAAAACUUGUUGUUUUGUUUGUAAAAAAAAUCAAAGAAAAAGAAACAUUUGAGAAAUCUCAGAAUUUCAUAUAUUUCAUGUAUUUCUGAAUUUGGCAAUGACUAUCAAGUUUUUGAAAUAAUCUAGUUUAUUUAUUCUUUUACUUUAUAAAUGUAGGUGUUUGUGACAAUUCUUUCUCUGUGAACUGUAAAUUGGAGCUAAAAUCAUCUUUUCUUUGAAAAGAAAAAAUUAUACUCCCUUGAUAGGACCUCAAUAGAGAAAAAGUGUUCCGAUAUAUAUCGGAACAGUUUUACUGUGCUGAUAUAUAUCGGAACACUUUUUUUCUUAUGAAACUCCAUAGAGAUUUCCGUGUUGAUAUAUAUCGCAACAGUUUUGUAAGAUAUCAGCACAGUUUUGUAGUAAUAAUGUGUGUUACUAUGUAUAACAUGCUGCAAAGAUCAAAGGAAAAUUGCCGCACUAUGCGAUAAUUAUGAUUUACACUGGUUUAUUAUAUAUUUCGAAACAAAAAAUUAAUUUUGGAAUAAUAUUAUUUACUUAAGUCGAAAAUGUUAUCAUAAAUAAAGUUCCAAAAAUAAAAUGCUGUAAAUAUGAAGGUUGAUCAAGAAGUAACGGCGCCUUAAUUCACCGUUGAUUCAUUAUAUAAGUUAAAACAGUACCUAUUAAGUAAAUUCAAUUCUGAUAACACUGGUAAAUAUUCAUUCCUCGGAUUGUUUCGUUUUAGACACAUAGAAAUUCGAAGUAUACCGUUGUAAACACCAUUUCGCCACAUGCUAAUAAAUUUUCGCUUCAUAAACAGAAACAUUACUACCCCCAAUUAACAUCAAACAAUUCCCCUAUAUCACAAGAUAUUUUCAUAUGGCGUAACGUCGGUUUGAUGUGUACCCUUAAAAUGUUUGUUUCAUCAUCACAGAAUAAAGUUCGCUUUUUAGUGCAAAAUGUCGAGUUCUGACAUUAGCAACGUUAUUGAAGUGCGGCGUUCACCUUUACAAAGCUUAUUGUAAAUGUGAAAUUCCCAAGAACUAUGCAAUAUAUUUUACGAUAUUUUGAAGAAUAAAAUACUGCAAAAAAGACAGGUAUGAUAUGUUUUCUUUUCAUGUAACGCGUUUUCACCGCUCCAGUGACAUUAUAUCUUGAUCAUCGCUCGUAUUUGGUGGCUGAUUUCUACCAUUUCAUGUGUUCGUGUCGGCGAGUGAAAGUAACGAAAACACGACAGGUCGAAAUAAUGCAUAUUUGUUCGUGUCAGCGGGUCGAAAUGUCGAAGACACGAAAACACGAAAGGUCGAAAACUGCUUAUUUGUCAUGUGUUCGCAUUUCGACAUUCGAGGCGAAUACACGAAGUAACGAAACAUUGAAGGCGAAAUAACGAAAUUUCAGAGGCGAACACACGAACUUUUGUAUUAUUCACUUUUCGUGUCGGCGGGUAUCAAAACUUCGUGUUGUCGCCCUUCUUUUGUCGUGUCUUCGUGUAUUUGCCUCGAAAGUCGAAAGGCGAACACACGAGAAAUAAGCAGUUUUCGACCUUUCGUUACUUCGACCCGCCGACACGAACACACGACAAAUGUGCAAUUUCGUCCUUUCGUGUAUUCGCCUUCCGGUAUGCGAAAAUAACAAUUACACGUAUGCUGUUGAAAUGAAUAUGCUAUCUAAAUAAUGUGUUUUACCAUUUAUAAAACAAUAUUUGUCCUAAAACGAAAGAUAAUGAUUUAUAUUCCAUAAAAGAUGUCAUUGUGUAGAUAUUUUAUCACUAGUAUUAAAUUUGUACAUACAUAAAGCUUCUGUCUAUCAUUACGCCGCCCUGAACUUUGAAUGCUAUCUAGUGUGUUUUGCCAUUGAUACAAAAAAUCUUCUCAAUGUAUGAUAGAGAAAAUGUUAUAUAAUUAUGCAAUAAAACAUGUCACUCUUCAA